UGGUUGCGCGGCGGCCGGGGAAGGAGACGCUGCCCUUCCGCGGCGAUGGGGUCCCGGCCACGUGGGAGCGACUUCUGGUAUGUGCGUCCCUGUGCUCCUGGGGCCUGGACAGUGCCCGGGACCCAGCCAGCGGCGAGGUGAAGGCCAUCUCCUUGGACCAGCUCUUGGCCCUGAGGGCUGUCGCCUGGGGCGCUGGACCGGCCAUGGAGUUCCGGCGGACAGAGGGCAUGUCCAUGAUCCAGGCCCUGGCCAUGACGGUGGCCGAGAUCCCUGUGUUUCUGUACACGACGUUUGGGCAGUCCGCCUUCUCCCAGCUGCGGCUGACGCCCGGCCUGCGGAAGGUCCUCUUCGCCACAGCCCUGGGGACCGUGGCCUUGGCCCUGGCCGCCCACCAGCUGAAGAGGCGGCGGCGGCGGAAGAAGCAAGUGGGCCCCGAGCUGAGAGGCGAGCAGCUGGGCACGGUGCCCCUGCCCGUCCUCAUGGCCAGGAAGAUGCCCUCGGGGAAGAGAGGCGGCUCCGGCCGGAGGGUGCAGAGCCCCGGCAGCAAGAGCAACGACACGCUCAGUGGCAUCUCCUCCAUCGAGCCCAGCCGGCGCUCCGGCUCCUCCCACAGCCUGGCCUCGGUGGCGGCCGUGAACUCAUCCAGCCCCACGUGUCUGGGGCCAUGGGACACCAGAGGGGUGGAGGAGUCCGUGAGCACGAGCGAUGGCCACGCCGAGAGCCUCUACAUGCAAGGCAUGGAGCUGUUCGAGGAGGCCCUGCAGAAGUGGGAGCAGGCGCUGAGCGUGGGCCAGAGAGGGGACGGCGGCAGUACCCCCACGCCCGGGGACGGCCUGCGGGACCCCGAGACGGCUUCGGCAGCGCCGUCAGAGCCGGAGUCGCAGCGCCGGGAGUUCGCCGAGAAGCUGGAGUCGCUGCUGCACCGGGCCUACCACCUGCAGGAGGAGUUCGGCUCCACCUUCCCCUCGGACGGCGUGCUGCUGGACCUCGAGAGGACGCUCAUGCUGCCCCUGGCCGAGAGCUCGCUGCGGCUCCGGGCGGACGACGAGGACAGCCUGACCUCGGAGGAGUCCUUCUUCUCUGCCACGGAGCUCUUCGAGUCCCUGCACGUGGGAGACUGCCCCAUCCCGCUCUCCAGGCCGGCGGCCGCCUACGAGGAGGCCCUGCAGCUGGUGAAGGAGGGGAAGGUGCCCUGCCGGACCCUCAGGACGGAGCUGCUGGGCUGCUACGGGGACCAAGACUUCCUGGCCAAGCUGCACUGUGUACGCCAGGCCUUUGAGGGCCUCCUGGAGGAGAAGAGGAACCAGGCCUUCUUCGGGGAGGUCGGCCGGCAGAUGGUGGCGGGCCUGAUGACCAAGGCCGAGAAGAGUCCCAAAGGCUUCCUGGAGAGCUACGAGGAGCUGCUGACCUACGCCCUGCGGCCCGAGACCUGGGCCACUACCCGGCUGGAGCUGGAGGGCCGCGGGGUGGUGUGCAUGAGCUUCUUCGACAUCGUGCUGGACUUCAUCCUCAUGGACGCCUUCGAGGACCUGGAGAGCCCGCCCGCCUCGGUGCUGGCCGUCCUGAGGAACCGCUGGCUGUCGGACAGCUUCAAGGAGACGGCCCUGGCCACUGCCUGCUGGUCAGUCUUGAAGGCCAAGAGGAGACUACUGAUGGUGCCCGAUGGCUUCAUCUCCCAUUUCUACUCCGUAUCGGAGCACGUCAGCCCUGUCCUGGCCUUCGGCUUUCUCGGCCCCAAGCCCCAGCUUGCCGAAGUCUGUGCUUUCUUCAAGCACCAGAUCGUGCAGUACCUGAGGGACAUGUUCGACCUGGACAACGUGCGCUACACGUCGGUGCCGGCGCUGGCCGACGACAUCCUGCAGCUGUCCCGGCGCCGCAGCGAGAUCCUGCUGGGCUACCUGGGAGCGCCGGGGGCCAGCAGCGGCCUGAACGGGGCGCUGCCCCAGGAGAAUGGGCCCCUGGGCCAGCUGCAGUAGCGGGCACAGGCUGGGUGGGGGCAGCGUGAGGGGGCUGUCUGGCCCCUCCUUGGGGUCGGCAUCCGGAGGCCCUGACCCUGCCUGGGAGUCCCAGGGGGCGGUCAGCAGGGCCUGGCAGGGGUGGGACCCUGAAACACCCACACCGCGGGGCUGCUGGUGAGGGGCUCGGAGGGUCCAGGAGGAUGGUGGGAGCCAGUAGGCGGGCUCUGCGGUGAGCAGGGAGCAGCCCAUGGCCGCCUGGUCUCGGGGCCCAGGCUCCCACACUGGGGAGUGGGAGAGGAGCCAGGGCAGGGCAGGCCCUCGGCAAACGCAGGCACCAAGCCGGGAUGCUGCCCUGUGGCGUUCUGCAUCCUGCCGAAGGCUGACACCCUGCCACCGCCAAAGACGAGGGCAUGCGUUGGGGGGCUCCCGCCCACCACCCACCGCCCCUGUGGCUGGGAACUCGCUGCAGGUCUGCCCUGGGGUGCUCCCCAGCAGGGGCGGUCAGGGGAUGAGCAGGGCUGGACCAGAGCAGGCCUUCAAUCACGCACACACGAACCCCGGCGGCCCCGCACACUGGUGGUGGCGCCUGAGCUGGGGACUUUUAUUUAUUGCCUUAAGACUUUUAGUUUGAGCUUCUGCCCCUUCCAGGCGUCCGGCCUGCAGAAGCAGCUGCUGCUCCCGGCCUCCCAGUCUGGGGUGAGAGGCCGGGGCAGGAGGGCGCACCGAGGGAGGGGACGCUGGGCGUGGCCCUGGUGCCCUCCCCCACCCCGACAUUCCGUUCUUUUGCACACCCCGCGCUGUGAAUGGAACCCUGGGCCUGGCCCACACCUGCUCUGAUUUGGCAUUUCCGUGUCUGUGUACACGUCCACGCGCUGCCCCUAGUCCACCCGCUGCCCCUAGCGCCCAGCGGUGCAGCUUCUGACUUCGGUGUGACAGAGCGUGUGCUGAGCUGGCUUCCUUGCCGGGACCUGCUCCUGGGGGUGCUGUGCAUGGAGGUUCCGGGAGGGUGAGCGUCGGGGGCGCCUGCUGUGGGCUCUGACCGCACUUGGCCACCUGGGAGACCCAGCUGGAGUCCCAGGCUCCUGGCUUCGGCUUGGUGCAGCCCCGGCUGUUGUGGGCAGCUGAGGAGCGACCCAGUGCAUGGAAAAUCUGUCUUCUUUAUAACUAAAGGUUUACGCCUGCCUGGUCUUCAAUGUUUUGUUCCAAAGGCCUUUAAAGUUCUUUAAACUUCUUUUCAAACGUGCGGAAGACAGGAAGCAAGUCACACCCCACCCCGGCUUGAGAGCCAGCAGACAGUGGGUUCUGCCACCUCCCCGCAUCGCGCCUACAAGAGCAAUAAUUCUCUUUUCUCCUUAGCCCUUCCCCGCCGGCUGGGGCUGGGCUGCAGUCACGGAGCCGAUCUGGUUGCUGCCCACGGCAGUCAGGAAUUGUCUAAAAGGUCUCGUUCAGGUAUAACUUGGAUCCCAGGAGAUGCACUGGCUUUGCUGCAGAGGUGUGCCAAUGGUCACGUGUGGUUCUAGAAUAUGUGGCUGGUGUCACGGGGCAGUGGGCGAAGCCUCCGCCUGCAGUGCCGGCAUCCCAUGUGGGUGCUGGUUCAGGCCCGGCUGCUCCACUUCCCACCCAGCUCCCUGCUGAUGGCCUGAGAAAGCAGAGGUCGCCCUGAGUGCUGGGGCCCUGCACCCACAGGGGAGACCCAGAUGCAGUUCCAGGCUCCUGGCUUCCGCCUGGUCUAGCCCUGAUCGGUGUGGCCACUGGGCAGGGGUUCAACCAGGGGAUGGAAGAUCUCUCUCCCUCUCUGUAACUCUACCUUUCAAAUAAAUCUUUAAAACAAGGAAGGGUGAGGUUUCACGGCACUGUGGUGUGGCUCACACCACACACUCACAGCAGUGGCCUCGGUUACGGUGUGAUGCGUGCAGGGCCAAGCGCAGCGUAGCCGGCUAAGCCACUGCCUGCAAUGCCAGCAUCCCCUGUGCCUCAGUUGUGUCUCAGCUGCUCCACUUCUGAUCCAGCUCCCUGCUGUGGCCUGGGAAAGCAGUGGGAGAUGGCCCAAGUGCUUGGGCCCCUGCACCUGCAUAGGAGACCUGGAAGAAGCUCCAGGCUCCUGGCUUCAGCCUGGCCCAGCCCCAGCUGUUGCAGCCAUUUGUGGAGUAAAACCAGUGGGUCCAAGAUCUCUGUCUCCCUCUGUCUGUAAUGCUGACAUUAAAAAAUAAAUCUUGAAAAUGA